UUGCAUAUUGUUUAAAAUGACUAGUACAUAUUGUUUAAAAUAACUAUUGCAUAUUGUUUAGAAUAACUAUUGUAUAUUGUUAGAAAUACUUAAGGAAUUGCGCAGUCCGUAUCACGCAUUAAGCCCAUUUUUCACAAAACCACAUCGGUAUACUUUUUGUGCUAGGUGAGCUACAAACUCUAACAUAUGGAAAAAUACAUUGAUGUUCUAUAAUAAAACAGUUUAGUAAGCUAAGAGAGCGAGUAGCAAAUUCCAAUCUAAAUUGUUUACCAAAUCAAGAACGCAAACGCAAGCUUCUUUAAUUAAUUACAUCUAUAAUGGAUCAAAGGAUAUUAGCGCUUAACGCUACUUCGCAUAAGUCGAAGAAUGGUAGCAUUUAAUGCUAAUUGAAAAUGAAAUACGAUAGAGACAACAUUCACUAAGACCGUAAUGGACAGAAUGAUAAAUUAUUAAGAACUAAAUAAUUUAUCGUACGUAAAUGAAGAUCCCGUUACCAGUUACAUUAGAUGGAAAUAAUGAAAUCCUUAAGGAACAUUAAAAUAUAUAGAAAAAGUACGUACGAUAUGUUUUAUUAUAUGCAAUUGACAAAUUAAAUUAAACUAACCAGUUCCACAUAGCCGAUGCUGCCACCGUUCACAAACGUCGCGUGUAAUCGCAUGUCGUACCUCCAAAUUGCACGAAAUGCACAACGGAUUAUCCAUUUUUGAAAUAAUAGAACCAGACAUUUGAGCUCCAUUUUAUAUACUGUGAUAAUUCACAGUUAGGUUAUUCCGAACAUAUCAAACAAAAAAGUGUUACCGAAAUAUAAAAGACGGCGCUCUUUAACUUGUAAGCGUAUUUGUAACAAAGGCCAGUAAUAUUCCUUAAUUGCUUAUUAUAUUAAUUUAUGAUGAAAUCUAAGGUACAAACUUGCUUGCAUGUGUGAAAAAUCAAAACGGCGCUCUUUAACUUGUAAGCGUGUUUGUAACAAAGGCCAGUUAUUUUCACUAAUUGCUUACUAUAUUAAUUAAUGAAAACUUAAGGUUCAAACUUGCUUAUAUGUGUGAACAAUCAACUGUUCAUACCCCGAUAUGCACAUGAUAAUAUAGGGCGAACGAACCCAGGGCGAACGGACCCAGGGCGAACGUGUAACUAGGGCGAACGGACCCGAUACCGUGGUCGGACAAAGAGGAUAUUUUCCCACCCAUUACACAUCCUGACAUUUUUUUCUACCUUAUCCACACUCCUAGCGUAUACACUCAAGAAGAUUUGAAGGCUUGGAAAUCCUUGGAGUCAAUAAAUCAGGUGUGCCAAGGAUGGGUGAGAGAGAAAAAGGCCCUUGUGAAAGGAGACCAUGUUGUUGUCACAGCAAAGGUCAUGCAUUCCCAGAGAAUGAGGGAAAAGCCACUUAACCCAUGGGUGAUUGCGCGGCCAGAUGGAGCCAUUGCCGGGGCACAUUGUGACUGCAUGGCUGGACUCGGCGAGGACUGUACUCAUGUAGCAGCACUGCUGUUUUCAGUUGCAACAUUUGUCCAAAUCAGAGACUCAAAAACUGUCACUGAAAAGCCAGCUUACUGGAAGCUGCCUACAUCAAUGAAGGCUGUUGAGUACAAAGAAGUGUCUGAAAUAAACUUUCAAUCAGCACGGUCAGCCAAAAAAGAACUGGACUCCAUAAUUAAUGCUGCAUGUGUAAGCCAAGUCGCACAGACACCAACUCCGACUAGUAAAGGAACUGUCCCCGAGGCAACCGAAGGAGAGUUUUUGAAAUUUUGUGAAGGACUGAGCAAAUUGGACAGCAAGCCAGUUUUGCUGUCAACAGUGGAGCCCUAUGCUGACCAGUAUAUUCCAAAGACAGUUACAAAAGACUACCCACAGGAUCUGUCUGCACUGAGAGACCCCAAGUGGUUUGACAAGGACUACGAUUCAUUAGUGACACACUGCCAGACAGUCAAAGUUCAAUGCUCUGCAGAACAGGCAAAGAAUGCUGAGUUAGAGACCAGAAAGCAGUCGGAUUCAGCCCUGUGGUACCGCUUUCGUGCUGGACGCAUUACAGCUUCCAAUGCGAAAGCAGUAUGCACAAGUGCAAGUGAGCCAUCUGGAUCUCUAGUGAAGAGAAUUUGCUAUCCAGACUUAAAUAGUGCUAAAACAAAGGGCAUUCCAGCUUUGACAUACGGACGUGAUAAUGAAAAACAAGCCAGACAAAUGUUAUUUGACAUGCUUCAAAUUGAUCAUGAGAAUGCCUUAAUCUCAGAUAGUGGACUGGUCAUCAGCGAAGAACUGCCCUUCCUAGGAGCUUCGCCAGAUGGCAUUUGGUCAUGUGACUGUUGUGGGACAGCAUGUGUGGAAAUAAAAUGUCCAUUCAAACCCCAUACACAAGAGGAACCUAUCUCCGAAAAAUCCUGCCCCUUUCUUACACUGCGUGAUGGAGAACUGACCCUGAAGAAAAACCAUCAAUAUUACUACCAGAUUCAGGCUCAGCUAGGUGUGACACAGAAUGACUUAUGUGUCUUCUUUGUAUGGUCAGAAAAAAAUGUUCAUCUGGAGCAAAUAGAAUUCGAUGAGGAUGUGUGGGAUGAAAUUUGUGUAAAAUCGAAGAAUUUCUUCGUCCGCGGUGUUUUGCCUGAAUUAAUUGGAAAGUACUUUUCAAAAUUGCCAUGCAAUAAAAAGCCAGCAAACGACAAAAAUGGUCAGCCCAAUGACCAAUCUUCGAAAAUACUUAAACCGGUCAGCACCAAUACUUUGGCAUCUGGGAAAUCCAAAAAAAGAGGUUGCGGAAACAAGGAUGAUGAUGAAAAAUUAUACUGUGUGUGCGGACAAGUGGAGUUUGGGCUAAUGACCGCAUGUGACAAUACUGAAUGUUCAAUGGAAUGGUUCCACUGGGGAUGUGUGGGCAUUGAGAAUGAACCCCAAGGAAAAUGGUACUGUCCAGAAUGCAGGAAAUUACCUGCUUUUAAAAGAAAGCGGUGAAUUCAAAGUGUUUCUGAGUUGUGAGAGUUAACAAAAUAGAUUGCACCACUUUUUUAUUUUGUCUUAGAGGUUUUAUCAGAAAUUUAAUUAUAUUUGCCUCACUCUGAAAAAACAGGACCAAUUGCAUGCGCAUAAAGUGUCGUCCCCGACUAGUCUGUUCAGUCAUCACAGGCUUAUAUGGGACAACAUUUCGCUUCAAGCAUAUUUUUCAUUUAAAGGAAGGCUCGAUAUUUAUUUAGCAAAAUUACAGUCUUGACGGAAAGUGUAGUUCUUUGUUCCUCAUUAGCCAGUGUAGAUUGCAUAGGCUAAUCUGAGACGACACUUUACGCACAUGCAUUUAGACCCGUUUACCCAGAGAAUGGCUCAUUUGAAUAUGCUACCAUGUGUUGAGUUUUAUCAGUGCCAUUAAAAACAAAUGUUUGUGCAAGUCAUUCUAUUACUCUGAUAAAAUUGAUAAUAAACGCAUUGCAUAAAUAUAUUUGUGUAUUUAUUUGUUGUUUCUACUUAUAAAAUGAGUUGUGUGACAGAAAAUAUGCCAGUAAAAUAAUUCUCAGAUACACAGUAACUUGUCAGUAUGUGAAUUAAA